AUGCUGGAAGUAGAUGAGGCAGACGAUAAGGUACAGCUCAUGACCUUCAAGGCAGGGUUGAAGUCCAGAGAUUUCGUGGCUUCCUUGGCCAAAAAUCCCCCCAAGACGAUGGCCGAGGCAUUAUUGAAAGCACAGAAGUAUAUGAACGCUGAAGAAGCUCUGGUAGCCAUUGAUGGAGCAGAAAAAAGCAAGGAAAAGAAGAAGGAGAAGGAGGAUGAUCGGAGAGGGCAAAAAAGAGAUCGAGUUGAUCGACGGAAUGACGAAGGAAAUAGAUGGAAGGAGGACAAGAACCCUCGUCCAAUGAAGUUCACACCGUUAGUGAUGCCUGUUGACCAAAUUCUGACAGAAAUAAGAGAUGAACCAUCUCUUAAAUGGCCAAGGCCACUCCAUUCAUCGCCUAGUUUGCGCGACAAGAGGAAAUACUGUCGUUUUCACAAAGACCAUAGGCAUUACACAGAGGAUUGCAGAGAUCUGAAGAAGCAGAUUGAAGAACUUAUACGGAAAGGAAAACUACAACAAUAUGUGAAAAGGGGAGAUUCCAACAAAUAUAGCCAAAAAAGUCAGCACGGGGGUUCAAAGAGGGAUGAAGACCGCCCAUCGCCUUGUCCACAGAAUGCACUAGGGGAAAUAAAAACUAUCGCAGGGGGACCAACCACUGGGGGAUCAUUCAGAUCCCUCAGGAAGUCACACUAA